CAACCAGCUGCGUUGUCCUAGCUAGCCUUAUGUCAGCUGUCUGACAGUUCUUAGAACUAGACAGCCAUCUGACGUUAGCUUGUGCGAAGUUUUAGACGUUAUGAUGAUUUUAUGUCAUAAAGUUAACUGAGGUCCAGCGAUUCUAGCUAACUAACAGGUAAAUAAACUGGGUCUACUUGUGGUGAAUUGAUAUCGUUGACGUCUGGCUUGCCUCAGUCUCAGUUCGUGCCUGUACAGCUAGUUGGUGCUCGUCUUGAAGUCAGGAGUUAACCUAUGCGUCUCUGAUGACUCCAUAGUUUUGUCUUAGCAGUUAAUGAAUGGUCCAUUAUGAGGGAGUUUUAAUUUCAUAACAUGUAAAACCUGACUGCCUGCGUGAAGAAGAAUCUCGACGGGUGUGUUUGGGGUGCGUGUAAUGACAGCACGUCCGCUGUCAUAUGAUCUACGAGAGCCAGCGACUCCGGGAAUUGUGGACGACGGGAAGUGACAGUGCUUAUUUGAUCUGGUUUACAGGUUUAAGUAUCAACAGAAUCCAGGCCAGACCUGCUAGUCUGCACUUGAGGCUCCCUGGGUGAAGAUGAGCCUGCAUGGUGCCAGUGGAGGCUGUGACCGCUCGCGAGAUCGCCGGCGGUCGAGUGACCGUUCAAGAGAUUCCUCUCAUGAACGGGGGGAAGGCCAGCUCACGCCUUGUAUCCGAAACGUCACCUCACCCACACGCCAGCACACUAGUGAACGAGAGGGCGGCUCAUCGCGGCCCAGCAGCCCCAGGCCUCAGAGAGUCUCUCCCAGUGGCUCCAGCAGCAGCAGUGGGGUGGUCAGCAGUCGCAACAGCAGCCUGUCCAGCUCAGAGGGCACCUUGAAGAGCACGGGCGUGGGCGAGAUGGUCUUCAUCUAUGAAAACGUCAAGGAGGGAGCUCGCAGCAUCCGGACCUCAGAGAGGGUCACGCUCAUCGUGGACAACACACGCUUUGUAGUGGACCCCUCCAUUUUUACCGCACAGCCCAACACAAUGCUGGGCAGAAUGUUUGGUUCCGGAAGAGAACACAAUUUUACACGCCCCAAUGAGAAAGGAGAGUAUGAGGUGGCAGAGGGCAUCAGUUCCACUGUGUUUAGGGCUAUUCUGGAUUACUAUAAAUCUGGGAUAAUCCGCUGCCCUGAUGGAAUCUCCAUUCCUGAGCUGAGGGAAGCAUGUGACUAUCUGUGCAUCUCCUUCGACUACAGCACGAUCAAGUGCAGGGACCUGAGCGCCCUGAUGCACGAGCUGUCAAACGACGGCGCACGGCGGCAGUUCGAGUUCUACCUGGAGGAGAUGGUGUUGCCGCUGAUGGUGGCCAGUGCGCAGAGUGGAGAGAGGGAGUGCCACAUCGUUGUGCUCACUGAUGACGAUGUGGUGGACUGGGACGAGGAGUACCCGCCCCAGAUGGGAGAGGAGUAUUCGCAAAUAAUUUACAGUACAAAACUCUACCGUUUCUUCAAGUACAUUGAAAACCGAGAUGUUGCCAAAUCAGUUUUAAAAGAACGAGGACUAAAGAAGAUCAGACUAGGCAUUGAAGGUUAUCCCACAUACAAAGAGAAAGUGAAGAAGCGCCCAGGCGGCAGGCCGGAGGUCAUCUACAACUACGUCCAGAGACCCUUCAUCCGCAUGUCCUGGGAGAAGGAGGAGGGAAAGAGCCGGCACGUGGACUUCCAGUGCGUCAAGAGCAAGUCCAUCACCAACCUCGCGGCAGCGGCAGCGGACAUUCCGCAAGACCAGCUGGUGGUCAUGCAUCCUGGCCCCCAGGUGGAUGAACUGGACAUUCUACCCAACCACCCUCCCCCAGGCCAUCACUACAGCAACAACUACAACAACGAGCCUGACCCUGAUGCUGCCUCGCCUGCACUCUGAAAGCAGACUCUUCCCUCACUUCUCUCCUCCCGCCAACCCCCCCGCUCCCCCUCCACAGCAUGCUGCAGCAUGGAGCGAGAGUGACACCAUAACCAGAUUGCCUUCUGCACCUCCUUCGCAGCCUUAGAGCCUCAACUAUCUAGUCUACUGUACAAUGAAAAUAAAGGAAAAAAAAAAUGGGGGGAAAAAAAAAUACCCAUGAGGAACUCGGGAUACUGGCAUGGGCAGUGCUCUCCUGGUUUUCUCUUUUUUUACUUGACCAAAGGAAAUUUAUUUUUUGUUAGCUGUUUGAAAUGAAAUUAGCAACCUCACUUAUUUUGUAAUUGGGCCUAUUAUUAUUGUUAUUACCAUUGUUCAUUUUCCAUUUCCAUGAUAUUAUCACUAUGGUUUAUUAUUAUAAGAUUUUAUUUUAUUUGAUAAGUUUGGGAUGUAUCCUGGGUGGUGCCACUGUGUUAUAAUUAUUUUUAUUUGUAUUGUUUAUUAUUAUUUUUUUUUAUUUUAUUUUGGAAAGCUCUCCCACAAUCCCGGUUUGAGAAAUUCCCCUCAAAGCUCCUUUGCAGCACACGGCCAAAGGAGUUCUUUUUGCCUGGUGAAUGAAUGCAGUGUUACUUUCUGUUUUCUCCAUGGCAGGACAUACACUCAUGUGGUCAGGAUCCCUCUAUUCAGAGCUUGAGAAUCAUUGUAUAAAUAAAGUUGUAAAACACGGA